CGGCACUCCCAGGGGGACACCAAGCGAGCAGGUCGGAGCUAUGGACUCCGCCAGGACGGCGGGUGCCCCGGAGAGAACGUGGAGGCUGGGCUGGCGGCUGCUCCUGCUGUGUUUGCUGCUUCGAGAAGGAGCACAGGCCCUGGAGUGCUACAGCUGCGUGCAGAAGGCAGAUGAUGGCUGUGCACGGCACAGGAUGAAGGUGGUGAAGUGUGCACCCGGCGUGGAUGUCUGCACGGAGGCUGUGGGGGCCGUGGAGACGAUCCAUGGGCAAUUCUCGGUGGCAGUACGGGGCUGCGGCUCAGGACUUGCUGGCAAGAAUGACCGCGGGCUGGACCUCCACGGGAUUCUGGCCUUCAUCCAGCUGCAGCAAUGCACCCAGGACCGCUGCAACACCAAGCUCAACCUCACCUCGCGGGCGCUCACACCAGCAGGCAAUGAGAGUGCUCCUCACCCCAACGGUACCGAGUGCUACAGCUGCGUGGGGCUAAGCCGGGAGGCUUGCAAAGGUACUGCGCCUCCUGUCGUGAGUUGCUACAAUGCCAGCGACCGUGUCUACAAGGGCUGUUUCGAUGGCAACGUCACUCUGACUGCAGCUAAUGUGACCGUGUCUUUACCUGUCCGGGGCUGCGUCCAGGAUGACCUUUGCACUCGGGAUGCCGUGACCGGCCCCGGGUUCACGCUCAGCGGCUCCUGCUGCUAUGGGUCCCGCUGUAACUCGGACCUGCGCAACAAGACCUACUUCUCCCCCAGAAUCCCACCUCUGGUCCUGCUGCCGCCUCCUCAGACCACCACGGAGGCCCCCACCACGCCGGCCCCCACCACCCCGGCCCCCACUUCCACCCCCGCCCCCACCACCCUGCCUCCCACCUCGUCGUCCCAACCCACCCCAGCUCCUACCAGGCAGACGCCUCCGCAGGAAGUGGAGCCCGAGGUCUCCAGGAGAGAGGAAUCGAGCUUGGCAGGCGGGGCUGCUGGCCACCAGGAGCGGAGUAACACGGCCCAGCACCCCGCAAGUGGGGGGGCCCCCAAUAAGGGCUCGGCAACUCGCUCUGCCCAGCUGGCGGCUCUUGUGUUGGCCGUGGCUGUGGGUGCCCUGUUAUGAGAGUGAAAUAUCCCCCAGGUCCUGCUUCCCUGGCCCUGGGCAGCCUCUCCUUCCUUCCCACCAGUGGACUGGGCUGGCCUGGCCCCUCUUCUCCCGAGCUUUCCCAGGACCCCUGCUCCUGCUGCACUGGUUUGCAGCUUUGGGAAAUAAAGUGACUCUUGUAUAUAUCCUGCGGGGGUGUGCUAGGUUUUUGAGGGCAGGGAGAGCUUCUCCCUGGCCUUGUGGCCCUUGGGACAGAAGUCAGGCCACAGGGAAGAUGGGACAGGCCCCUGGGAAGCCAGCCUGGAGGGUGGGGCUGUGGCCGAAUGAGGUUUCCUGCUGGGAAGGUGACCGGCCCCUGCCCCAUCCUGGGUGGCAUCUUUCUGCCGCCUCCCACUGCACUGUGAGUGAGCUCCAGCCAGGACGGGGCUCUGACACUCAAACAAGGUUGAAUUGCUUUGUCAAGUGCUAGAAAAGACUGUGCAAGCUCAUUUCCACACACAGAGAAGCUGAGU